AUUGCACCUGCGACUGUUUGUCGAACCCUAGCCUAGAACUAAAUGGAUCAGGACAUUUUCUCAGGACAUUUUUUUAUACUUUGUCUGAAGACUUUGUUCCGAAUGACAAAGAAGCCGAUACAUCGGAGGAAGAAGAUGCGGUUGAGGACGAUCAUGAAGAACUUCAGGCAGCCAAUGCUCAGCAGAAUGAAGCUACUGGUUCUAAUGGUACCAAUAGCGUUGCAGUACGUACUAAAAAGCGCAACAAGCGAUCGUCUGCAGAGAAGUGGAGACAGAAUGUGCCAAAAGAGAAACGACUAAGAGGUGAACAAUACAAGAAUCGAAGGGGUAAAGACCAACCAGCCAAGAAAAUGGGACCGCCAUGCCAGUCCAAAUUUUGUGAGAAAUCUAAAUUUCGAGAGUGCCAGUUGCUAACUGAAGAGGAUAGACGAGAAAUCUUUGAACGAUUCUGGACUAUGGAGUCCUGGGAAGCUCGCAGGGCUUACAUUACUGCCUUGAUUAAUAAGGUCAACAUCAAGCAGAAGAAGACAGAAGGACAAUCCAGGCGUGCAUCCUCGUUCUCAUACACACUGAAAUUACAAGAUGGCUCAGCAGUUCAAGUCUGCAAACCCUUGUUCUGUUCAACCCUUGCCUUGUCUACGAAAACCAUUGUCUUAUGGAUGGAGGAUAAGAAGACCAAUGAUGGAAACAACAACCAGGAGAAAAGUGUUAAGGCCCCUAAAACUGGUAAACAGGCUCCUGUUAGUGAGACGGAUAUGAAUUUUUUGAAAGGCUGGCUUGGUAGUCUUCCAAUGGUGCCAUCCCACUACUGCCACAACAUACCCACCUACCAAGACAAGAAGUUUUUGUUUGAGGGAACCAGUAUUGCCCAAUUACACAGGGACUACAAGAAGGAUGCAGAAGCAGCCUCUGUUCGCCAGCUAAGUAUCUGCAAAUUUGAUGAAGUAUUCAAAGGAGAAGGCUAUUCUAUUUUUAAACCCAGAAAAGACAGGUGUGAUACGUGCAUUUCUGCCAAACAAGGCAACAGCAAUGAUCCUGAAUAUCAAGCCCAUGUGAAGGCCAAAGAUGAGGCACAAGCUGAAAAAGUCAAAGACAAGACAAACACCAAAGAGGGACACUGCUAUCCUUGGGCAGAACACCAAGGUGACUUAAGUAGCGAAGUAUUCGCUUCUCUUCAGUAUCAGCAUUUUGACAGGUUUCUAGCAGACAACCCAAAUUCCAAAGUACUGAUUAUCUGGUCAGACGGAUGCGGUUACCAAAACCGCUGUGCAGUGGUAAGCAAUGCAUACCUGAAUCUGGCAAUGAAACACAAUGUUACUGUCAUCCAAAAAUUUUUAGUUGCCGGCCACACACAGAUGGAAUGCGACUCUAUGCAUAGUUGUAUUCAACGUAAGAUAGUUGGUGACAUCUAUACUCCUCGGGAUUAUGUCGUAAUUAUGCAGACAGCACGUAUCCAUCCUUUCCCUUAUCGUGUGCACCAGGUUACACACGAGUUUUUCAAGCUGUCAGGUUCUUAUGUUUCAAGCAUCCGCCCUGGUAAGAAAACUGGCGAUGCAACAGUGCAUAACUUGAGGGCAUAG